UGCUCCCCGUUACUUGGAGGCCCCGCUAAGAAGGUUGCAGCCUAACCCGGCGGCUGUGCUGGGUCCCUCCUUCCUUGUUGGGGUGCUGGACGCCGAUUGGCCCUCCCGUGCCGUCAGUCACGCCGUGGGGGCCCCCCCUGUCCCCGGCUGGGGCUCGGCAGCAGGUUGGGUUGCGCGGCGGAGGAAAAGUGUCUUCAGUCAAGCCAGAGAAAUCAGCUACCUUGGUGCUGAAAACAGUAGUUUUGACAUCCUCUAAACAGGAAUAAUCCAGGAACAGUGAGGAAAGUGUUGUAGCUGUGUUGGUCCCAGGAUACUAGAGAGACAAGCGUUCUCAAGUGCUGGGGGCUAGAACUGAUGGCAGACAAUGUCAACGACUAACAACAUAGCCCAGGCCCGGAAGCUGGUGGAGCAGCUCCGUAUCGAGGCUGGAAUUGAGAGGAUUAAGGUCUCCAAAGCAUCUUCUGAACUAAUGAAUUACUGUGAGCAAAAUGCCAGGAAUGACCCACUGCUGGUUGGAGUACCCGCCUCGGAGAAUCCUUUUAAGGACAAAAAGCCUUGUAUCAUCCUAUAGCUUUCUUCGCUCUCGCGUGCACACACACUCUCAGGCAGGGCACCGUUCUGUAUCGAUUGAAACCAAGUCCCAAACUUAAAACUGCGCAGAGGGAUAAACACUAAAUGUUGGAUUCAAAUAGAACUUAAAAUCUCAAAUUGGAAGUGUUCAGAAAGGGGCUCGGCUGCUCCUGGGCGGUUUCCAUACUGAGAGGGGUUCCAAUUUAAAAAACCGUCAGGGCAGGCGGGCGCAUUAUU